UGUGCUACCCGCGAUGAGUUGCGGUGGCUGCUCUUUGAUAUCCAUUUUGCUUUUUCUCAACGUCAUCAAAUACGCAACAGCUGGUCUGUGUCUCUGGCCUUUCUUGACGUCUGGAAUAUCGCUUGGGCGAAGGAACCAACCUCUUUGGCUGGUCAAAUGGUGCAGCCGGAGGACUAUGGCCCGAUGAUCCGCGCAGUUGUCUGGUCACAGGUCGGAGCCUCGUUAUUAUUCCUUUGCCUACGGGUUUACUGCAAGUUUAAGAAGCGCAAUGGGCUCUGGUGGGAUGACCAUGUUCUCAUAGCAUCUUGGGUCACCUUAAUGAUCGCGUCCGCGCUAACAACAUGGAACGUGUCCCUCGGCUUCGGUAAACAUGUAUACCAAAUUAAUCCAGCAAAGCUCCCAUCGAUUGGGUUGAACGUCAACGUCAUCAGCACGAUAUCGAUCACAUCAGCAGUGUGGAGCAAGACCUCAUUUGCGAUGACACUACUUCGCAUCGAAGAGAAGGGUUGGACGAGGAAUUUGAUAUGGGCUGCGAUUAUAUCCAUGAACGUCCUCAUGGGUCUGAAUGCGAUGGCCGCCUGGGUCCAAUGUUCCCCGAUCGAAAAGUACUGGCUUCCACAGACACCAGGAAAAUGCUGGAGUCCGAAGGUGGCAGCUUACUUUGGGGUCUUUGCCGCAGGGUAUUCUGCUCUGAUGGACAUACUCCUCGCAAUGCUUCCAUGGAAGUUGAUCUGGGGACUCCAAAUGAAGACAAAGGAGAAGGUUGGCGUCGGAAUUGCUAUGAGUAUGGGGGUUUUCGCUGGCGGGACCUCGAUCGUCAAGUGUACGAAGAUCCCUACUCUGCUUUCUGGAGACUUCACCUAUGAUGGUAGCGAUCUUGUGAUAUGGGGAACUGUGGAAUCAGGUGUGACAAUCAUGGCAGCCUCCAUUCCCGUCCUGCGCGUCCUCUUCCGGGAAGUUGCAAGUACUACUCGAAAGUACUAUGGCAAUUCCGCCAGCCGUACCAAUGGAUCUCGAUUCGGCGGCGGCCUCACACGUAACAACACAGUAACUAUAACAACCUCAACAACACGAAAGGGUUCUAUCAGGAGGAAAUGGGACAAGCUAGCUGAUGAUCGGAGCGACAAAAGUGUUCUUGGAGUGGAGCCGGAACCAGGGUUCGGCAAGAUUGUCAAGACGAACGAAAUCGUUGUGCAGUAUGACACAAAGAGCGAUGUUGAAGGCCACAAUGGGAGCUUUGAGAUGGAUCAAAUGGAUCGUAUGAACCGAAUGGUAUAA